GUUAGUGCGAAAAGGCAGUGUCAAGCUGUUCUAUUUUUUUUUCUAUUUUUUUCUGUGCUUUAUUGUGUUGCCCCUUCUGGGAUAAAAUGUUUAAUUUUAUGUUCUAAAAAAGAAAAAGUGUUUAAAUCAUAAUUUAAUAGUUUCUUCUGAUAUGUUAAAGUGUAUUUCUGUGUGUUCCUGUUUUGUGAAAAAAUAUUGAAGUUUUUUGACCAACGGAAGCUGUUGAGAUUUGAAUAUUAUAAGCGAACAUCUCUAGGCCCUCAGAAGGAAUACCUCAAUGAAUUUGUCUACGGUUUUUAUGGAUUUCAUCUAAGAUGAAAUGUGUACCAGAUUUUACUUCUUCAAAACUGUGGCAAUAAUUAGUUGUGGGUGCUGUCCUCCUCGAUUCUCAAAAAUUCAAGUAGGCCCUGCUGAAAUUCGACUAGGCGUUGGCUCCAACGGCCUGGAGGAGCAGCUCUGGAGGAGGCGGUGGAGCAGGAGGAGGUGGGCGGCUCUAACGAUAUGGGCUGUGCGUUGGUCUCCAAUCAGUCUGCCAGAAGUCAGGAAGUCUGAGUGCUGUCCUCCUCGAUUCUCAAAAAUUCAAGUAGGCCCUGCUGAAAUUCGACUAGGCAGGGUGCGUUGGCUCCAACGGCCUGGAGGAGCAGCUCUGGAGGAGGCGGUGGAGCAGGAGGAGGCGGCGCAGGAGGAGGUGGGCGGGUCAUUGGAAAUGAAUGUCACCCAUCAAAUUUUUGGCAACUAUGUCCACCAAGGAGGGAUGUAUUUUCAAAAAGUGCGUAACAUCCAUCAGACGAAUCGAUAUGUUUUCCACACACCAAUCAGUCAGUCAGUCGGUCAGUAAGGAAGUCAGAUCCUCGCGUGCAAGUAAAUGUCGUUGGCCAAUAUGAACUCGCACAACAUUAUAAAGGAACUUAAUGU